GCUGUCACAGUUGACUGAAAACUCAACAUUGUUCUAUAAUGUUUCAUUAUAGAUGUGCAGAUGAACUGAUGAUUCCCAAACGCAAGCUCCAUGGAAUGGAAGCAGGUAAUCUAACCCGAAAAUUGGGGCAACAGUUGGGGCUGGCCAACUGUUGGUCUUUGAGACGGUUUGAUAUUCCACCGAUUUUUCAAGAAAGUCUCCGAGAUUCAAAAUAUUAGACGUGCUUCAUGGAGGAUUUCUAUGUCUUUCUUUGCUUCCCCCACAAUUUUAUCUCGUUCUCUAACUUCAUUAUUGAUUUUUAACCUUUGUCUUCUGUUAUGUUCUCACAUUCUCUCCGAUCAAUCACUUCGCUUUCUCCGCCAACAUCAUAUAGUGAUCCACCACAGCAUAGAACCAUGGGCCAUCCCUCUCUCAUAUUUGGCGCUGCAUCCAUUGGAAUGGAUUUCAGCACCCAAGAAUCCGUGCAAGAUGCUCUCAAAGUUUUGAAAGAGUUGAAUAUUUCCCAGAUCGAUACCGCAGGAAGAUACCCACCGACCAAUCAUGGAAGAUCCGAGGAGCUUCUCGGAGAAGUAGGAGCUGCAUCUCAAGGCUUUUCUAUCAGUACGAAGAUCCUUGCUACACAGCUUGGUUAUGGCAGCGGCGAACUCGAAGCUUCGGCUAUAAAGAAGUCGCUUGACACAAGUUUUAAGCGUUUGGGUGUUGACCAGGUCGAUAUUUUAUAUUGUCAUCAGCCUGAUCCGACGGCUCCAUUGAAAGAGCAAGCAGCAGCCCUAAACGAUUAUUUCAAAAGGGGGUCUUUCAAGAGACUCGGAGUCUCCAACUUCCCACCCAAACUACUCCAAGAAUUCAUUCAAGUAUGCGAAGAAAACGAUUUCGUGAAACCGUCUGCGUAUCAAGGCGAUUACAAUCUCAUAACUCGAGGCAUGGAGAAAGAACUACUCCCUAUCCUCCGAGCCCACUCAAUGUCUUUCUUUGCAUUCAGAGCCCUAGCGGCUGGUUUCCUAACCGGAAACUACAGCGCGGGAAAAUCCAACGGCACUCGAUUCAGCGACGACCAUCCACUUGGAAAAGCAUUUCAAACCCUCUACGGCGCUCCUAAAUUGCAAGAAGCGAUGAAAGAUCUAGAGAACGCUUUAGCGCCGUUAGGUAUUUCCGGAAGAGAAGCUAGCUUGAGAUGGAUUUAUCAUCAUUCGAAACUUGGGGAUGGGGAUGGGAUUAUUCUAGGUGCCAGCAAAAUGUCUCAAAUAAGAGAAAAUGUGAAGAGUAUAUCUGCUGGCCCGCUAUCUGAGGAGGUGGUGCAGAAGAUUGAAGGGAUUUGGGAUUUGUUGGCUGAGGAUCGAGGCGGGAUUUUAUAGAUUAUGUGAAUGCGGUAAGAGAAGGGAGUUUGUGCGGUUUUCCCCAACCGGGAGCUAUGGUGUUUAUGAAUAGAUACCCUCUGCAUGUCUCAAGAAUAUAAGAGGUUUUCGUGAACACCAUUGAUGUUAACUUUUAGUAGAUAUAUAUCAAAGACAACAAUGACAGCUCCAAAGACCCA